AUGCCUCAUUUAAAUCAAUCUGUUUUCAAAAUCUCUCUAAUCGGUGCCGCUGGUGGUAUUGGUCAAUCAUUAUCAUUGUUGCUAAAAUCCCAAUUACCAAAACCAGAAAUAUAUGACAAAGUCGAAUUAUGUCUUUUCGAUAUAAACAAAGAUGUACUAAAUGGUGUGAUGGUGGAUUUGUCACACAUCGACACCCUAUAUAUCACUUUGAAAUUGAGUCAAGAUAUUCAUGAUUGUUUACAUAACAGCGACAUGAUUAUUAUGCUGGCCGGUUUACCAAGAAGACCAGGAAUGACUAGAGAUGAUUUAUUCCAUAUCAAUGGAACAAUUAUCAACGAUCUGGCUUUAAACAUUAUGAAAAAUAACCCUAGUGGUUCACCUUUGAAGAAUAUUUCCAUUGUAAGCAAUCCAGUUAAUUCUUUGGUUCCUUUGAUGGUGGAAACUUUUAAACUGUAUAAAAGGGAAGAUUUGAUUAGCAAAGUCUACGGUGUUACCAUCUUGGACCAACUUCGUUGCAAUCAUUUUACAGGAAAUAUGAAUCAAAAUAUAGUCAUUGGUGGUCAUUCAGGCGACACCAUUGUUCCAGUUAUUCAGGAUAACGAAUUAAGUGACAAUGAAAAAUUAGAAAUUAUUAAUAAAAUCAGAUUUGGUGGCGAUGAAGUUGUCAAAGCUAAAAAAGGACAUGGUAGUGCUACUUUAUCUAUGGCCUAUGCUGGUUUCAAGAUUUUCAAGCAAUUUUAUUCAUUAUUUACUAGCAUUGAAACUAAUGAAAUUGGUAUCACAUUAUAUCACGAAAUAGAUAGUUGUGCCAUUACGGGAAAUGUUAAACCAGCAAUUUUGCAAAAUGUUCGUUUUUUUUCAAUCCCCAUGGUUAUUGGAAAGAAUGGUAUCCCAAUAUCUUUUAAUUUUGAAAUAUUCAAAUAUUUAAUGAACAAUGAAUUUUAUGCUGAAAAGUUAUUGCCAACCUGUAUUGAAAAAAUAACCGAAAAUAUCGAAACUGGUAUUGAAAAAUCCAAAGAGUUUUACAGAGAACAAUGA